UUGCACGAGCCACAAGUCUAUCUGAGUAUACAGUGUCUCUACCGUCGCUUCUUCUUCAUUGAGAAAAACCCCAUGAACAGAAGUUAAAGGUUCAUCAUUGUGGUCUUGAUUUGGAAACAAUGGCGCUCGUUGCAUUGUUUCACACAGUUGCUCUUGUGUUCAGCCUUUCCUGUUUUAUGUUUCAGGCUGAUGCAUAUAUUCACAAAGAAGGCUACUGUAUGUGGUAUGACCAGUGUGGAAAGGAUGCCCUAACCCACAAGUCCCUAAACUGCCUUUACAACAAACCAGCGAAAGUUCUUGAUGACCCAGCUGGUCUCCAGAUCCUUGAGCAGCUGUGUCCAGAGAUGGUGGCAGCCAAUAAGAAUGAAACCAAGACAUGCUGUUCUCCUUCCCAGCUUCAGACAUUCCAAGAAAACAUGAAAAUUCCUGACGAGACAAUGAGUAGGUGCCCAUCAUGCUACAAGAACUUGGUCAACAUCUACUGCCAUUUGACAUGCAGUCCAGACCAGAGUAUCUAUGUCAAUGCAACAAAAACCAUGCCUUACCCUCCUACACCACCACCAGCAGCAGCAGAAAACACAAUACAUGAUAAAGACUCUGGUCAACGUAGCAUCACUGAGGUUUCUUACUACAUCCUGAACGAAACUGCUCAAGCAAUGUUCAACUCUUGCAAGAACGUUAACUUUCCCAGUAGUAACACAAAGGUUCUCUCAUUGUACUGUGGCUCUUAUGGAGCAGCUCACUGCACUGCACAACGCUGGUUGGACUUUAUGGGGGACAAGAACAACCAACAGACACCCUUUCAGAUUGAUUUCAUUCUGGGUGGUGCUCCUUCGCCUAUGGAACCUAUGGACACAAGGGUUUAUGCAUGCAAUGAGUCAACCAACAACAACACGCAACCAUGCAGCUGUCAGGACUGCCCCAGUAGUUGCCCACCCUUACCGCCACUUCCCCCUCCCCCUCCUCAAUUCCUCAUCUUUGGUGUUGAUGGUUACAUAGUUGUCUUUUCUGUUGCAUAUGCAGUUUUCAUUGCACUGUUUAUUCUCUUCAAUGUCAUCUGUAUGUGCUGCAAGAAGGGAGGUGAGAACCUGAGUGAUUGCUGCGAUGAAAAUUCAACAGCAAUUAACUCUGUGAACGACGGCCAAUUGCGGGAGAUUUCUGAGGAUGAGGUUGGUUGCAAGGCCUCCUGUGGAAUGGCAUUCCAGAAACUCUUAGAACUGUGCUUCAGGAAAUUGGGUACCAUUGUAGCUAAGCAUCCACAUCUUGUUCUUGUCCUUGGUGUCAUGAUUGUAACAGCAAUGACUGCAGGAAUUGUCAGAUUGAAGGUUACAACUGAUCCAGUAGAGCUGUGGUCACCACCAACCAGUGAGUCUCGCCUCGAGAAAAACUACUUUGAUGAGAACUUUGGUCCCUUUUACCGUACAGAGCAGAUCAUAUUGACUGCACCUAAUCGCACGCGGUACAAUGUCUCCCGUAAUUAUCCAAACCCUUCUACAACCACCUACUCGGGCAUUCUAGACAUUGAUCUUCUACAUCAGGCUCUUGAUCUUCAGAAUGAUGUAGUGAAUCUUAAGGUGCCUUUUGGCAAUGAUAGCUUUGUAACACUGGAAGACAUCUGCUAUGCACCCCUUGCUCCAGAGAACACACACUGUACUAUUGAGAGUGUGCUCAACUACUUCCAGAAUAGUCAUGAAAAUUUAGAUAAAGUUCAGAUGGACCCUUCACAGUUUUUCAUAGCUGCUGAUUACCAUGAGCAUAUCAUGUCAUGUGUUGGUGCCCCAGCAUCUCUUAAUGAUACCACUGCAUUACAUAUGCCUUGUUUGGGUACCUAUGGUGGUCCAGUAUUUCCCUGGACAGCUCUUGGUGGAUAUGAAGGUGAUGAGUAUAACCUUGCUGAUGUAUUGGUGAUAACCUUCCCUGUGGUCAAUUACAUCGCUGGUGAUCCAAGACUUGAAAAAGCUAUGGCCUGGGAGAAGGCAUACAUUGAAUUGCUGAAGAAUUACAGCAACUCAAACUUUACAGUCGCUUUCCAAGCAGAGAGAUCUGUUGAAGAUGAGAUCAAUAGAGAAAGUCAGUCCGACAUCCUUACUAUUGCACUCAGCUAUAUCUUCAUGUUUGCCUAUGUGACCUUUGCCCUUGGACAGAUCAACAGCUGCAGAAGAUUGAUGAUUGAUUCUAAGAUCAUCCUAGGUCUAUCUGGAGUGAUAAUUGUACUCAUGUCUGUAGCAUCAUCUAUUGGUGUCCUAAGCUGGGCUGGUGUACCUGCAACCCUCAUCGUCAUUGAGGUAGUACCAUUCCUCGUCCUAGCCGUUGGUGUGGAUAACAUCUUUAUUCUUGUACAGAGGUACCAGAGAGAUCAGCGAUUCCCUCAUGAGAAUCGUGCUGAGCACAUUGGUCGUGUCUUAGGUGAAGUAGCUCCUAGUAUGCUUCUCACUAGUUCAUCAGAGUCUAUAGCAUUUGGUCUUGGUGCCAUGUCUAGUAUGCCAGCAGUGAGAGCAUUCUCUAUGUAUGCUGCUGUAGCUGUAGCUAUGGACUUCCUUCUCCAAAUCACUUGCUUUGUUGCUAUGAUGACUCUGGAUUCAUCACGUCAAGAGGCCAAUCGCUAUGAGAUCUUCUGUUGUGCUACAGACAAGGAUGCAGGCAGGCAACCAAAGGAACCUGGUAUCUUAUACAGAGCAGUCAAGAACUAUUACGCUCCAUUCCUCUUCACCAGAGUUGUUAGAAUCUUAGUGGUGCUUAUCUUUGUUUUUGUCCUGUUUGCUGCAUGUGCAUUGAUACCGUCAUUACCAGUUGGUCUCGACCAAAAGCUUUCUAUGCCAGAGGACUCUUACAUGGUUAAGUACUUUGAAUCAGAAGGAGCUCUUUUGAAUGUUGGUCCACCAGUCUACUUUGUGGUGAAGGAUGGUUAUAACUACACAUCGAUAGAAGGACAGAACAAGAUAUGUGGAGGAUCAGGAUGCAAUGAUAACUCUCUCACAUCACAAAUUUAUUUUGCCGCUGAACUUUCAGAAUACACAAGUAUUGCACACCCUUCGUCAUCAUGGAUGGAUGAUUUCUUUGAUUGGGUGAAACCCAGUGGUGAGCUGGCAUGCUGUAGGGUCAAUCAAACAGGGGACUUCUGUCCUGCAACUGAUACCACAGACAACUGUACCUCCUGUCGGCCGCUUUCAGAGAAAAACGCAAGACCUACCUCACAGGAGUUUGAAGAAUUCCUGCCUUUCUUUUUAGAAGAUAUCCCUGGAGUUGCCUGUAGCAAAGGAGGCAAGGCUGCUUAUGCUUCAGCAGUGAACUUCACAGAUUCAACUAAGAAUGAAAUCAGGACUACUUACUUCAUGACCUACCACACCACCAUGAGGAAUUCUUCCACCUACAUUAAUGCAUUGAAGAUGGCCAGAGAGGUAUCGUCCAACAUUACAGCUAUGCUUAACAUCACUGACAAUCCAGAGUUUGAUGUCUUCCCAUACAGUAUCUUCUAUGUGUACUAUGAGCAGUACCUGACCAUCGUUCAUGAGACCGAGGUGUCUCUUGGUAUCGUCAUGGGAGCCGUGUUCUGCGUGACCUUCAUCCUCUUGGCCUUUGACUUCUUUGGUGCACUCAUAAGUACCUUGACCAUUGCAAUGAUUACUGUAGAUAUGAUGGCUAUGAUGUAUCUGUGGGGCAUUAACCUCAAUGCUAUCUCGUUGGUCAACCUUAUUAUGUCUGUUGGUAUAUCUGUGGAGUUCUGUUCACAUAUCGUCAAGGCUUUCACUCUCAGUACUAAGAUGACUAGGUUGGAGAGAGCAGAAGAUGCCCUGUCUCAUGUUGGCAGUUCAGUACUGAGUGGUAUCACAUUGACAAAAGCUUUUGGUAUCAUCAUCCUAGCAUUCUCCCAUUCUCAGCUCUUCAAGGUUUAUUACUUUAGAAUGUAUCUUGGUAUGGUUGUAUUUGGAGCUACUCAUGGACUCAUCUUUCUACCAGUAUUACUCAGUUAUAUAGGUCCUGGUGUAAACAAGGCCCGUAUACUAGAAGAGCAGGAGCAGGGUACAAGAAACCGAGGAGCUGAUAAUGAACGUCUCAUCCCAGCAAGGGAUUCUCAAGGAUAUUUCUAUGCAUGAGGACAUCACAUACUGCCUUUUUAAUAUUGUUUUAAUGAUUUAAGAAAACUAUUUAAAUCGAUUAGGAGUUAAUAAAUUGAGUGAGUGUAUGUGCUCCAAUGAUGAAAUGACCAACAUCUGGAAAUGCAUCAGUGAGUUUUGCCUGCCAUGUGUAUUUUUUUAUACCCUUCUUUUCCAAGAAUAAUCAUUAAAAUCUUGUUUUUUCAGGGGUAAUUUGCUUCUUAUUUGUGUCGUUUGUCGGGAUUUUUUUGUAUGGUUUAUGUUGGUAUCAGGAUUUGGUUGAGACUGUUUUCAUCUGAUUCACAGUCAUUUUCUUUUUGUUCAACUAAUCUAUAUAUUUAUUGAUUAUAAUCACUAUCUAGUUGCGCUAAACAGUUUUAUAUCUUUUUAUAUCAUCUAGAGUGAUUAUUGUGGAAUGAAGAAUGAUACAUAAACAACUUUCCCUGUGAAUACCGAUAUUUCUGAUGUUGUGUAAUGUGUGGUUGUGUAAGAAGUAGACAGCCUUUUCUUUAUCAAAGAUGUAAUAAGAGGGUCGUUGGAUCUUUCAAUUGUAAAACUUAUUUGGAAUCAGAAAGGGUAUUGACUGUAUGAAUGUAUAUCUUUCUAGCACUUUUUGCAUAUAUUGAUUUAUGUAUCAGCAUAUGUAAAAUGAGUUAAAUUAAUGUAUACACAGAAUUUUAUAGUUAUGAAAACAUUCUUGUAUGUGUAUUGUAGUUAAGAUUUGUUUAUAUAUAUUUAUGUGUUCAUGACUUGGCGAUAUUAGGUGAAUUAAGGAGAUGAAUAUUGCAGUAUUUCCUAGCAUUUCUGAUAAAAGCAUUUGAAGAAUUGACAGCAUAAAGUCUGUGUCUUUGGUCCUUUAGAAAUGGGGACUUUUUGAUUGAAUAUUUCUUUCUAGUUUGCAUCAUUUUUCUUCAAAUACAUGUAUAUAAUAAUAAUUUAGAAUUUUUAUAGCGCACAUAUCUGUAACACAAUCAACUACUUAUACAAAACAGAAAUUGAACAAAUUAAAUUGACAAGAAAAAAAAUACACAAUAUAGUUUGCUGGUCAGUAAUCUAUGGUCAAUCAGUGGUCAAUGUUAGUUUUAAUGUAAUUCCAGAAUCAAAUUCUCCAACUACUGAUUGAUUUUAUUUUUUGUCAGUUUUGAAUUCAAAAAAGGGUUUUGUUUGGAUGCACCUUGUAUAGUAUUUAGAUAUUCCCUGAUACACAAUCAUAAAGGCAUAUUGUGCAGGUAUGGUUUCAUAAGUUAUUCUCCUGUCUUUUUAGUUUUGUACAUUCGUUUCUAACUGAAAACAGUAUUCAAAGUUUUCAUUUUUACCAAACAUUUUUUUACAAAGUAUAAUAAUAAUAAUAAUGAUAUAAAGUAUAAUACGUAGUUUAGUCUUAUUUGGUUUACGUUACAUUAUAUCUAUCCAGUAUUAAGUAAAGAAAGUCUUUGACUGUUGCACCAAUUAACUCUACAAAGAGUCAAAAUGAUUUCCUUUACUAAAUUGAUUUAAUACAUCAUAAAAUGUCAUUAUACUAUAGUGUCCAGGAAUUCUUUAAUUACAAGUACCAAUGUUGAUAACUAUCUCCCUAUCUUUCUUACCCCCUCCAUUUUUGUGGCACUUUCUUCUAUCUUUUCCUUCUUCCUGUUUGUGCAUGUGUGUGUAGGUGUGCAUAUGUGUGUUUUCUCUCUAUAUCUCUCUCCCUCUCCAUCCUGUAAUCAUGGUGUUACCAGGUUGGACAGAAUAUUAUGUCCAAUAUCUCAUCCCAUGUUUAUCUGUGCUGUAGGAUUCAAGUAAUGUAAACAGUGGUGUUUUUCUGCGCUAUGGAGAGAAGCAGGCACUGUAUGUAAUAUGGCAUUCUAAGGUAAUAUUCACUUUGUAGUAACUUACUGUAGUCUGUAGUAUACACCAUUUACAAUCUAAAUGUGUAGGAUAGGCAUAAAGGGCAUGUUUAAGAUACACUAUGUUUUUAUAUCUUGUGAAGAAGUGGAGUUUAGAAAGUGAAUGAUUUGACAUUCAAAUAUAUAUCAUGACCUUAUUAGAAUCACAAUGUAUUUCUAAGUUUUAAGGUAUUUUGCUUGCUAAAAUUACCAGAUGUUCAUAAUAUUUUUUUAUUAUUAAACUGCCAAUGAGGUAGAGACCUUUCUUUUUAUUUCAUUUAAGAUUGAAUAAAUUUUACAAUCUUAUUUUAUCCAAUGUCAUAUUACUUUGUGACAUUGAAAUGCCUUUAUUAAACAGGUUUAUGAAGUAUUGUGUCAUUGUCAUUAGGUAUCUUGUUCUGUAUCCCUGCAGACAUACAUUCACACUAUGGCUUGAAUUAUGAUCAUUUUGAUCAACCAUGAUAUAUGUUUAUUUAUUUUUCAAAAGUUGUAAUGAACGAAAGUAUGUGUAAGAUAUAGAAGCAAGACGUUGACGCAUAUGAUUUGUAUAUACUAAGAAAAUGUAGUGAAGAGAGAUUGUGCCAUACAUGAUACCAGGAUGUUGUAUGUGUACUUUUAAUGAAUUCAUUUACUUCGAAGAAUUGUCAUUAUUCUAGAUAUUUGAUAGGAAAUGGAGUCGUCAUGUAUAUGCAUGAUGUAGAUAUUUUAAAGCCAUGCUUUGGAAUUGUUCUGUAAAAGUGCAUAGUUGUGUUGAAUCCUUAACAUUUACAAAAUCACAAUAUGUUAGUGAUAAUGGACACCACUUCAUUGUAUUAUCUGUAUUUUUAUUCAUGUGGGAUGGUGCUGUAAUAACAUGGCCAUUCCAUGGGUUUGGAUAGGAUAUGUGGUGGUAAAUAGCAGGUUGAGCACUGCCACUGAGCAGUGGCUGUUCAUAAAGUUACACACAUCUUUAUGAAUGACCAGAAUAUGGUCAAGUGGUCAUGUUUCUUUUGUUUUCGAAUAUAUUGAUGAUUUACUAAUGUAUGUUUUAAUAAUGAGAAAAAGAAUUCCAACAUGUGCACUUCUUACAUUGUACAAACGGCUGCAUUACAUGCUUGUAGAUUCAAAUGAGGUCAUUCAGUGAUAUUUUGUUAAAUGGCAGCAUAUUUAUAUCAUUCAUAGUCUUCUGUGUAUUUUCAUUUCAAUACACAUAAGUUACUCAGUUGGAAUCAGAAUUGAUAUGAAAACAUCAAUAUUUAUGAUUGAUUAUCUUACUUGUUUGAUUCAAAGGCUUUUUGACUUAUCAUAAAAAUUAGAAAGAUGAUUGAGACUCUGCUCAGCUUGUCAUUGCUGUGGGUACGUCGUCUAGUGGUUCUGACUCUUGCCUUGCAAACAGAGGGUUGUGGGUUCAAUUCCUAGCCAUGGCGUGUUUUUCUUUAGCAAGAAAUUUAUCCACAUUUUGCUGCACUAUACCCAGGUGAGGUGAAUGGGUACCAGACAAGAUUAAAUCCUUGAAUGCACUGAGCGCCAGUGAUGUUAGCUUGAGCUAAAGCCGGGGUAAUGAUAGCAACACAUAUCCUCAGGCAAAAAGCACUUUAUGAAUCCAGCUAUUAUUAUUACGAUUUCCACUCCAGCUUGCCAAGGUUAAAUUCAGGUUACAUGAAUAUUUGGGCAUUGCAAGAAACUUGCAACCAAUUGCAGAACAAGCGUAAUUGACCAUGCAAUAAAGUCAAGUUGCAAAUGAACACAAAUCAAUGACACAUUAGUUUUAAUCAAGGACUUGCUCUUGAUUGGAAUUCAACAUACGUAUCCUGCAUUACCUUUAAGAAACAUUAGAUGAUGGAAGAGGCAGUCUUUUUGAUACAUUUGAUGUAGCUAAUGAUGCAAAAUUGAUUUACCAUACAUGUAUUUAGGGCCUAUUCUUAUAAUCAUGUAACAGUUGAAGGGGAAAGUCUAUCCUGUUAUCGAAUUGGUUUUGGUAAAAGAAACACUAGAAAUAAAAAUCAGCAAAAUAAGGUUGGAUAAAAACAAUCAUCAAAGAGUAAUAGAGUUAUGAACAUUGAAAGUUUUUAAUCUAUGACAUCCCUUAGUGACAGAGUAUUUAUUACAAAUUCUUUAUACAAAUUUGGUCAUUUAUAUCCCCCCCCAAAAAAAAAAGAAUACGUGCAAACUGAUCAGUACAAGAUUUUAAAUAUUUCUUGAAUGUAAAUGCAUUUUCAUAUGUUGAUUGUCGUUGUAUAGAACUGAGAAAUUUCUGAAAUCAAAUCAAGCCUGUACUUGCAUCAUGAAUGCUUUUGAUUUAUAAGAAAUAAAAAUUUGCUAUGAUGUA